GAAAGAAAGGAGCCAGCGAUGGGAGAGCCGGACGCCGCUUGCGUCCUCCGCUGUGACGUCGCCCGUCUUUGCUUUACGGCUGCUGUUAUUGUUGACUUGCGAUGAAUUUUACAGGUUUUUCCAGCCACAAGUCAAUGACGUUGUUUUUUUUUUCUUUUGGGUUUACGUUCUCUGUGGAUGAGUCACGUGGAGCUGUAUUAGACGAUACGGUAAAAUACAAACGCGUUUCCACGGUUCCAGUUGCAAAAGGACCUCCUGCAGAGAGGAAUGGACAGAGUGAGAGAAAAGAGAGAGAGAAGAACGACGACGAAAAAGAAACGAGCCAGCGGGAAAAAAAGCAAAGAAGAGAUGAUUUGAGAGUGUUGACGAGACAAGAGAGGAGAGAGAGCGAGACCCUGUGUAUGUAUACAUGUUCGCUGCGGGGCGGGCGCAUGCAUGCAUGGAAACUCUGGCCUCUCUCUUCUGUGCGCCCCCCAAGGCAGCCUGGCCAAUAAUGGCAGCGAGAUGACGAUUCCGAAGGGCGGUCGAGACGAGAAAAAGGCGACGAGCACAUCACACGGUCGGGUCAGCCAUGAUAGCGAGAGAGCAGAACCGUUGGACGGCAGUCGAGCGAGGAGAUACUUGUAGCCUGACGAUCGAUGGAUGACGAGAUGACAAUUAUUAUCAGAGUCAAUUGACAGGCAAGGGCGAACAAGAGAUGGGAGAUGAAGUCCCUCUGCUCCUCUUUUUUUUUCCCCGUUGGGCAGCAGUUAGGUCUCGAUGGAUUCUCUCUAUCCGCGACAUCCCUUCCAUCUUUCCUUACCCACACAGCAGCCAGGGAGAAAGGAUGAGGGCCAGCGAAAAAGAGGAGAAAAAGGGGGCCAAGCAGGGAGAGAAACCGACUAACUCACUAAACUGCCGAUGGGUUGAGAUGUAUCCCCCAUCAUAUCUGACUCUAACUCCAUAGAGUUAUAUUUACUCCUAGUGACGAAGGUCUGACCGAUAAGGGCAAAAGUUAAUUCGCUUAUCAAGUCAUUCUCCACUGGCUUGUGACUGACAUGGGGUCGGAAGGAUGGGGGAGAGGAGAGGGAGAAGAGAAGGAAGAUGGCCGAUCCCCAUUCAUACAGUGCUUGAUUCCUGUUGGGUUGAUCUCCCUCAAGUCCAAUUGACCUUCUACGGGUACAUUGGCCAGAUAUGGCUGCCUGAAAUCGAUUGCGACGAAACAAACGAAGAAGAGGCGAAUGGCCUGUGAUCGAUGAUAAGCCCACGGCCAGGCUGCUGGAUAACCACAACAACAACAACAACCCCCGUCAGCCGCAUUCCCAG